GUCACCUGUUUGCCCGGUUGCUUCACCCUUUACCGCAUCAGAACGUCUGACACCCACAAGCCGCUACUCAUCUCCAACCAACUUAUCCACGACUACUCGGAGAAUAGUGUCGACACACUGCAUAUGAAGAACCUCCUGCAUCUUGGCGAAGAUCGAUACCUCACCACGUUGCUCUUCAAGCACUUCCCGCUCUUCAAAACCCUGUUUAUCCGGGAUGCCCAUGCGUACACCGUGGCUCCUGAUGACUGGAAGGUUUUGCUGUCUCAACGUCGCCGCUGGAUCAACUUGGCCGCUCACAACCUCAGGGAACUCAUCCUCUUGGAGCAGCUUUGUGUUUUCUGCUGCUUCUCGAUGCGUUUCAUUGUUAUGAUUGAUUUGGUUUCGACGCUCAUGCAGCCUGUCCCUGUCGCAUAUAUGGCGUACUUGAUCGGACUGGUGGCCGGUGGGGGCAAAUCCAUCCCCGCUCUAUCGCUCAUCACGAUCGCCGCGAUAUACGGCAUUCAAGCCCUGGCUUUCACCAUGCGACGGAAGUGGGACAUGAUUGGAUGGAUGUUGUUCUACACACCUGCCAUUCCCGCCUUCUCCUCCUUAUACUCGCUCUGGAGGAUGGAUGAUUUCUCUUGGGGUCAAACACAUAUUGUCCUUGGUGAAUCUGGCAAGAAGACGAUCGCUCACGUAGGCUUUCAUCUCUCUUUUUGA